AUGACACCCCCACAGCGUUUUUGCCACACUCAACUCAACGCCGAGAUAGAGGAGAUGUUGACCGGCCUCAAACGUCGAUUUUCCCUCCUCGGAGUUGCUGAGCCCGAGAUGGCAGUGGUGGAUAACUGCUGCCAUGUCAAGAAUGCCAUACGGCGUGUCUUCCCCAACAUUGCGGUCGUCCUUGAUGUGUGGCAUUUUCUCAUGCGGUACAUGAUCUGCGUAAUCGGUGGAACGAAGAAUCCCCUUUGGAGCGAAGUCGCGCGAAGCAUCGUGGACGCGAUCCUCAAAUCAUCCGCUGACGAGCAGAGCCCCGCGCGGUACUGGAGUCAAGAGCAUCAGGAGGCGAGGCUGAUUAGAGCGUACGAGAAAUGGGCCACACAGGGCGGCGUGUGGAAUGGUGCCGCUGAGAAGACUCACGGGGAGCAGCUCGAGCACGUCAGGAAGGGUUGCCUUGCUAGGCCCCGCGAUGAUGUCCGCUCCGACGGAAGCCGGAUCGAAGGUUCGCAUAAAGGCUGGAACGGCCUCCAACGUUCGCAUGCCAGCGGCCUUGAAUCACUUACAGCACUCUGUUACGACUACGUCCUGCGCCGGAACCUUCGCGUAGAGUUGUCUGGAACCCGCGCGAACCCCACACCAUUCGCCCUCUCAUCUCACGGCUCGCACCAUGUCCACCUCAUACAAGCUUGCGCAAAGUUAUGGAACGCGCUGCUGGUACCCCGGAAAGGUAGCAAACCGCCCCCAGCCGGCCUACGACCUCUCCCGGAGCUGCUGCCGGCAGACAGUGCGGAGACGUUCGGACUUAUCAAAGCUAGUUCUGCAGUACUCAAUUACCACAACCUCGCCGCUGUGAAGGACGAGCCUGUGGACCUCAUCGAUCUUUCUGCGCAGGACCCUGCCGACACGACAGAGCUAUGCCAUGAACUUGGCAUCGAUCCCGCACUACUCCUGGUUCCUCAACAUGAACUGAUACUCAUUGAUAGUGUGGUGCAUGACGAUAUUGCGCAGGUGAAGCAGCAGAAACGUCGCGCAUCAGAUGCGGAUAUCGCACUCGAGACCAGCGCGUCCGCUCGCGAGGCCACACCUUCGUCGUCUUACAUGCCCGCCGGACCUCUGGCAAAGAAACCCCGCAUCGCCACCACCACCCCGCCCGCCGGACAACCCCGCGUCACCGACACGCCCGCCGGACAACCCCGCGUCACUGACACGCCCGCCGGACCUCUGGCAAACAAACCCUGCAUCACCACCACCGCCCCGAGACCUGCUAGCAGCGAACCAUCUACCUCUACGCUUAGCAGUUCAGCAAGUGCCCGCAGACUGCAUCCAUUCUUCUUGCCAGCAACUUCAUCCACGUCUGAUGCGACUUCCACAUGUCUCCCCGGCCUCUCUAUCUCAGGACUGACACGCUCGCAGCGCAUCCUAUCGGUGCACAGUGGCCUGGACCCGCGUUCGCUUGCGUUUACGAGUACAGAGUCGGACGGAUUCUUCUUGUUCAUGCGUCUCCGUGCGGAGAACAAGUGGGCAUCAUACGGUAUGUCCCCCAGCAAGUGGGUUGCCGCCGCAUCGCUCUACAACGCCGAGGUCGACCGCCUCAACACGCAGAAGGGCAAGAACAUGGUGCGGAAGACCCCGCGGGCCCUCAUGGAUAAGCUGGGAGACAUCGAGGGUCGAAUCCUCGGUCGUAUUGCUGCGAAUGACUACCCGAAGCGAUCCGGGGAUGAGCGGUUCUGGCGCGAGCAUUGCCACGCUGUCCCGCUGACCAAGGGCGACAACACAAGCACCGGAACUCCUCGCCGUAAGGUCCACACAUGCACACGCUGCAAGAGCAUCAUGUGGGCACAUCCCGAGGGUGCGCACGCAAACCACAAGAAGGGCUACUGCUCCGACGGAGUGAAGCAGAAGCCUCCGAAGUUCGAGAAGGCGCUCCCCGGCGGACAGAAGAUCAGCGCCAUCGAGCGGCUUCCCCCAUGGCCACAGCCCAGCGGUAUCUUCUCGACAGGAGCGACCUUCAAUGCGCGCCGGUUUUACGAAGCUGUUCAUGAGCUCUACGAAAAGGCCGUCGUGCAGAACGACGUUGGCGGCGAACACGCGAUGGAAUACCUCGCUCUCUCAGCAAUGCUUCAAGAGCGUCUCCUCGUUAUCCCGGAGUCCGCGACUGAGUCGUUUAUGGUCCUCUUCGAACUCUUCGCCACCUUGGAGCUCCGCGAUUGCCCCCCUGAGAGUGUCGUCGAGCGCGACGGGACGCGCUUUCUUCGUAUCAACUAUCUCGAUGACAACAAGGGCAUCGCCGCGCAGGCGGUCUCCCAUAUCUAA